CAUUUCUUUUCGAUCGUGAUCUCUACAUCGUGUGUUCGCGGGACUUUUCGAAGAAUUACAUCUUUUCCGUGAUUUUUACAGUUCGUCAAGAUUUGGGAGUCUUGUUUCAGUGUCACUACUUGAGAAUCCAAAAAGGAUACAGGCAGAUUGUCAUUGGAAAUGAUGGAGGAUGAGCACAGAGAUCAACAGAAUGGCAGAACUAUUUGCCAGACGUUGGACCUCUCCUCCACCAAUCUUGCUGCGUUUUCCGUUAGCAAAGCCAACUUGGAAACCUGCUCCAAUCUCAUCUUGGACUACAACGACCUUUCCGUUUUACCUGAGGAUGUCGGAGGAGUGCUCCAGGGCCUCCGUGUGCUGUCCUUGACCGGCAACCAACUGGAGAAACUUCCUAGUUCUCUCGGGAAACUUGAAAACCUGAAGGAGCUAUCGGUGUCGGAGAACAGCCUGACGUCUCUGCCCAAAUCCCUGGCGACUCUGAGUAGCUUAACGGUGCUGAAACUGGUCGGGAAUAAACUGAAGGAGCUCCCAGAAGAGUUUGGAGCUCUCAAAUCCCUGAGGAGAUUAGAACUGGACGAGAAUCGGUUGACGGCGCUUCCUGAAUCCUUUGGACUCCUUGAGAGCUUGGAGGUUUUGGAAGCUGGGGAUAACUCACUGGAAGCACUCCCUUCAAACUUUGGAUUGCUAAAAUGUUUAGAGAUACUAAACUUGAGCAGUAACCGUCUAGCAACCGUGCCCGCGACAUUUGGAUCACUGCCUUCCUUGCGAUGGGUAGAUCUAUCUGGUAAUAAAUUGACCGAGCUGGUGGACAAAUUUGAUUCAUGCUGUUGCCUUGAAAAGCUCUUUCUCACUGGUAAUAGGUUGAGCACCCUUCCAGAUUGGAUCGGGAAGCUUCCAAAGCUGCAGGAAAUCAGCCUCAGGGAUAAUCAACUGAAACACAAGCCGCUGCCUGAAUCGUUUGGUGAAAGCAGCCAGGAGGGUCUAACGUACUUGGACAUGUCCGGGAACUUCAUUACAGAGCUUCCGUCCACGCUAGGGUUGCUGACCCGACUAGAUUUCCUCCAUCUCGGAAGUGUAAUUGGGGUUCUGGAGCGACAGAACUUCCAGAACGGGAACUGGAUCGAGAGGCUUCCGGACAACUUUGGCAACCUGACCCUUUUGCGGGAACUCAGGGCCGAGGAGAACCAACUGAGCUCUCUGCCGGAGAACUUUGGCGAGCUGCUCUCCUUGGAGUUCUUGGACCUGGGUCAGAACAUGCUGAGAAGUCUCCCAGACUCCUUUGGCAACUUGAAGAAGCUUCGGGUGUGCCUGCUGUCCAAAAACAAUAUCCAGGUGCUACCAGAAGAAUUUGGAAACUUGGACGGGCUUUUAGAUUUACGAUUGGAUAGCAACAGAUUGACAGGGUUACCAGACUCCUUCAACCGACUCACCAACCUGGAAACCCUGGACCUGUUUGACAAUCACCUGACCGAGCUGCCCAAGGUGCUGAACUACCUGGACAAAUUACAGCGGUUGGAUCUCGACGAGAAUGAUUUUGACAUGCCAGCCAUAUCCGUGCCAAACUUCACCAAGCCCAACCGGUACCCAUCCGCAGGAAAAUCACUCACCAGCAAAAACUGGCGGACAAAGAUACGACCAGACGAGCUCAUAUGUUCACAGAAGACCACAGAGGUUGCAGAAUCAGAAGUUAAGAAGGAUACCGAUGAACAAACUCCAAAAAUUAAAUGGACAAGUGUCCUCGCCCAGGCAUUAUGCAAAGGGACAUCCAUGUGGCAGUCACACGAGGGCGCCAGCACCAGAAAAUUCAGCGGCAGUGAGUCACCCGAGGAGUCAGACUCGCGGCAGUCUCGCGGAAGUAGGGCGACUUACUCCUCCUACAGUGAUGACGAUGACUUGGCAGAUCUGGAUGAUGAUGAUUGCGAUCUUCCGGUAAGCAUCCCAGAUGAUCAACAAAGUGAUAGCGCCCUCUCUCAGCCAACAGGGGAGAUGAUGGUUACCUCUGAAGAAAACUGGGACGAGGAACUUGAGGAUGUCUCCUGUUAUGAACACGACAGGAUUUAUCAACAUCCUCUGAACGGUCUACACAAGCCAGAAAGCCUUGAUCCUUCCUUCGCAUUCACUCCUUCUGACGGCCACGCUAUGAAUCUGCCAAGUCCGUGCAUCAACGCCGAUGCGGAGGAGGGGCAGUUUGAUGACGCUGAUGAAUAACCAUGCGACAAAAGAAUCCCUCUGGUACAAACCAAAUCGGUUGACCUACCCUUAUUUUUCAUUAUUUCGUUCUUUCUUUAGCCAUGUACAGGGUGCCCCCCCCCCCAAAAAAACCUUUGAACCCUCAAAGCGCCCUCUUUUUCACAGCUAUUAAAAAAUACAUAUUUGAAAAGUAUAGUUCAUCAGCUUUUCAACAAUGAAAAAUCUUCCAAUCGGGAAAAUAUUUAUUUGGGUAUGGCCAAUUCAAAAAAAGUGCCGAUUGUUCAUUUUGUCCACGGUCAAUAAAUUGUCAUUUAUUACGAAUAUAAUGGAUUUGGGGUGAAGUAGUUUUGCUUUCUUUAAUUUUCUAAUCAUUCUUUUUUUCUUUUCUUUUUUGGGUUUCUUUUUUAGUUUUCAUUUUUUGCAACAAUGGUCCUUUUUCUUUUUUGAUGGAGUCCUGAAAAGGACUGUUUGGUUAACUUCUUAGAUGUUUACUGUGCUGCUCUGCCCUCUACUUGGUAGCCUCUUUCACGGAUGCAAGUUUCGGCCCAUGUUUUUAUCAUGGCAGUCAAAUAUCAGUCACCGUGGACAAAAUGAAAAAUCGGCACUUGGUUUCAAUUGGCCGUAACUCUAUUAACCCGCCUAUGGAAAAUUGCAUUGUUAGCCUGGUUAUUACUUGGGUCAAUAUUGGUCAAGACCCCCUUUGGUUUGUACACAGUAUGCCAGGAGGUGAAAUUUUUACCUCACGCAUGUUGUACUCAAGCAACUGCACACACAUGAGAUAUGCUUUGAAUAUCCUGGGUAGCGCUGCCAAAGUUCCCAAGAUUGGAUUUGAUUUAUCUUGUUGAUAGCCACGGCAGCUGAUGCUGGCACAUUGUGUCUGUGCAUCUCUUUUGAAAUAAUGUACCGAUUUCAAAUUUCAGUAAACAUGUUUCAGAAUCUCGACGAAGUAGUCCAGGUCAAAGGUCAUUCGAGAUGAAAUCGCUGAUGUGAUGUUAUACGAUGUUAUGCAAAUGCCCAUUCUGCUUGUAACACAUGAGCGUCCCUGUGCAUUCAUGCACCUUGGAUCAGCAUUUUAUCCCCUAUGACUCGUGACCUAUAUCAUUGUGCGCAUGCGCGGUUGAAAUAUCAACCUGGCUUAUCGGGACAAAUAGAACUUUAAAAUGGCACUUUUCUGUUCAUUUUUGUAGUAAUUUUUCGUAUACUCAAAAGAGAGUCAUAAGUACUUGAGUUGUAAAAACAGUUUUUAAGAAAAAGCAAAAUGACUUUUUCACCUUUCAAAAUGUUGCUGCUUAAAAGUAAGCGGGAGUGUUUCAUGUUUUUAAUAAAUUCAUAUUUUAACAAAAAAUAUUCACUUGUAUUUUUAUACCAGCGAUUGUAUAUGCAAACAUGAAAAAGUCUCAUUGUUUUCUCAUAUUUUUUUCAUAUUUUGUUUUUGAGUUAGUUAGUUCAUUGUAAGUAAAAAUUUUGAAGACAUUUGUUCAUGAUCAACAUUAUUUUGCAAUAGAAUAAUUUGAGCAAUAUUACUUUUGUGAUUGUUUUUGUCAUAAACAGUAUAUUUGACAGUUUACCUCAGGCAAAAUGAGACGAGCUAUGCAGUGUUAACCAUAAUUAUUGUUAAGACCAAAGUGUAGCAUCGUCCAAACUAUAGUUGGAACAUGCAUUACUACAGUUGGGGCAAUUGCUGUAGUUGGCAUAACUAUCAUUUGCAGUGUGUGGAACUUUCUCUAAUGCUCUAAGUGUGACGUCAUUUAGAACCAGAAAUUGUAGUGCAAACGAAUGGAGUACGCGCGCGUCUUGGUUCACGGGCUGAAUCACGUGCUAAUGUCUGUCACACAUAUUUUGUGCGCGUGACGUAUUCACUUCGGUACUUCAUUGUCCAGUUUUUAGUCGGUCACACGUGUUCUUGUUUUCUUGUUUUUUUUCUUGAUUGUUGUCUCUUGAUGGAUUUUGCUUUCUUCGCCAACGCUUCAGGGCAGGUGUGCAACUUAUAGUGCUUUCACUUUUCCCACCCUACCUGAUCCGUUUUGUUUAAUAAUAAUAAUGAUAAUAAUAAUUUACAAAGUUGAAUAUUAUUUUCUAAUCAUUGGACCUUUCAGAGUUUUAAAUGUUGAAUUUUAUUUGGACUCAAUUGUUUCAGUACUGUAAUUGCUUUUGGCGGGAUUCGUUGUGGAAUGUGAUGAAAUUAUUUUACCAACACGAAAAUAAAAGUGUUUUCCGAAUGA